GUAUGUGUCAUUACAAGGGGGUUGAGACAAUGGAGGAGGUUGGUGACAAUGAAAGUGACUAGGCAAAAGAUCGUAAUUGGGACCCUCCUUUGUAUUGCCGUUUUUUCCCCCCAUUCUUUUUUCCCUCGUCCGUCAACACUGAUUGCGCCGUUUUGAUUUUUUCGAUUCUUCCUCUUUCCUUUACAUUUCACCCCGGGCCUGCUGUUUUGGUGCUAGCAUGCAUGACUUAAAAUGAGCCUCUCUCUCCUGAGCGAUAUGGAAGGAGAGCAAAACAAAGAAGAACAGAUCGAUUGACGGAGGGAGAAGGGACACUCACGGAUGAGGAUGACAGCCAUGCACUGACCCACAGAGGAGAACCCAAAGACCGAGUGAGGCUUGACAUCCCCACUACAGCCAAGAUGAGCCGGGUCACACUCAGCCCCMUGACCGAGACAGUGGAACUCUCUGGAGAACAGGGACCGCUGGGGAUCCACGUCGUCCCCUACUGCUCCUCGCUGAGUGGACGGACCCUGGGCCUGCACAUUAAAAGUAUCGAGGCGAACAGUCGCUCCAAGAGAGAGGGCAUAUUCCGGGAGGAUGAGUGCAUCGUUCAGAUUAGCGGCACCGAGCUAAUGGACAAGACAUUUGCCCAGUACRUACCUCGGCUCUACGCUAUCGCAGGGUACCGAGGGGCUGGGUUUCACCGUGGUGACCCGGGACUCGACGGUCCAUGGCCCGGGGCCCAUCCUGAUCAAGAGCAUCCUUGCCCGGGGCGCUGCCAUCRAAGAUGGCCGCCUGCAGCCUGGCGAUCGCAUCCUGGAACAGUCAUUUGA